UUUACCAUAAAUGCAGACAGCAUUUGGAGCACAGUAAACUCUUGGUGCAAUAAACGCAUGAAUAAUGGACUCCAAUUCAAUGCACCUCAGAAUGAAGUUGGUGAAUCUAGUCUACCAAAUAUGGAUCAGCUUCAACCAAAGAUGGCUUAUGUUCGAAUAGAUAUUGGUGGUGAGGACUCAGAUUCAAGCUCAGUCUCAAAGGAAACUGUCUCUUUUUCGAAGAAGCCACAAACAUUACCAGGGCAGGCAGGCCACAGCUCCAAACAGGAAGAUUCACAGGAUGAAGAUGACAGUGAUGUGGAUUAUAAGGACUCAGUUUCAAUCUUGGUCCCAGAAGAAACUGCUUCUUAUUUGCAGAGGCCACAAGCAUUACGAGAGCGGGCAGGCCACAGCUCCAAACAGGAAGAUUCAGAGGUUAAAGAUGACAGUGAUGUGAAUGAUGAGAUAGAUAUCUCGUGGGUAGAUGUGAUCAUAGUUUCCACAACUAUAAUUGCCAUAAUCCUGUUUCUAAUAUUGUGUGAUUAAUUUUUAUUUUCCUCCUCCCAGUUUUGAAGUUUUGUUGCAUACCCACUAUAAAAUAAACAAUAUAGAAAGUGAAUAUGACUUCUGGGAUGUUGUAAU